AUGCAUCUACCUCUCAGGCUUUUAGUCGACAUCUUCAUAUUGGCUGUUGGUGCCGCCCUCAGCUAUACGCUUGGAGUAAAGAAUGGCCAGGUCGUCCACCAAGCAAUUUCUAUAGGCGCUGUCGUGUGCCUCAGGCUAUGGGAGCGACGAAAAAAGCGACGGAAAGGAAAGGGAGACGAGCGACACGAAGACCGCCGGCGGCGACGGCGGCUGCAGCGGGAGAAACAACCAGCUGAGCAGCGCGUUGGGGAGGAGAAACCGCGUUUUGAAGAGGAGAAACAACACGUGGAAGAUGAGACGGGGCGUGUUGAAGAGAAGCAUCAGCAUCAUGAGGGCCUGGAAGAGCGCAAGCAUGAUUUGCGAGAAAUUUAG